UGUCUCUCUCAUAUGUACCAUUUUCACACAAAAAAGACACAGAAAAACUGGGAAAAUAAAAAGAGAGAGAGAGAGAGAGUGAGUUUUGAUGAGGUUGAAGAGUAGAUGAUAAUAAUAAGGCGUUCAAAAAAGCAAGCAACUAAAUGUAUGUCGGUUCUCUUUAUCACUCCUUUCCAAUAUAUUGUUCCUUUCUUCAACUCUUUAAAUUCCUUCCCUUGCAUUUGAUUUAGUUUUCGUUUCCACUCUCUUCUCAAUGGAUUGCCAAAUCUGAAGAGGAUCCACAUUAUUUAUCGUGGAAUCAGAGUUGCAUAUGUUGAUUAUUCAUCUCUCUGCUUUCCUGAAGAACUAGUGAACAGUAAUUCACCAUGAACUGGAAUCAGCAAAUGGAAAUUCAUUACGCGAAUGCUGCUAUGCCUUAUAAUUCAAUUGGAAGUUUUAUGGAUUUCUUUGGAGGUGUUACAUAUGACCAUGUAAAUUAUAUAUUUGCCGAUCCUCCAUAUGCUCAGGAGAGUUUAUAUCCAUCCAUCAGCACCAAUCCAUACAAAUUUGGAUAUUCUGAAGCAGGUAGUUUCUCAUAUUAUGAUUAUGGUCAUGAAUAUGUGGUGAAUGAUCAUAUAUCUGGAAUCGAGGAGCAUGAUAAACAUUUAGAGAACCCUUCAACCGUUGCUGGUGACCAGAAUGUAGCUGCAAAUGUGCAUAGAGAGGAAAUUUCUGGCUCCAAUUCACUCACGAAUUCUGUGGAGUGUCCCAGGGGUCAAAUUAAUACUCGUGACAGUGAGGUUGUUUGGCAAGAUAGUAUCGACCCUGACAACAUGACCUAUGAGGAAUUACUUGAGUUGGGGGAGGCUGUUGGAACUCAAAGCAGAGGUCUUUCCCAAGAUCAAAUCUCCUUGCUUCCAAUCACAAAGUUUAAGUGUGGCUUAUUCUCAAGAAAGAAAUCAAGAAAGGAAAGAUGUGUGGUCUGCCAGAUGGAGUACAAACGAAAUGACCGGCAGAUUACUCUUCCCUGCAAACAUGUCUAUCAUGCUGGUUGUGGCAGCAGAUGGCUAAGUAUCAACAAAGCUUGCCCAAUUUGCUACACGGAAGUGGUGAUUAAUACAUCGAAGCGGUGAAGCAAAUUACAAGCACCACGGGGGACUGACUUCAUAUUUUUCUUCUUGGUUAAAGCAUUUGCCCUUUCUAUUUUCGUUCAAGUUCUGCUUAUAGAAUGCUAUUUUUUCCCGUUCCUUCUGUUUUACAUUAGAGAAAUAGUCCAGUGGUAAAUAAUUACAGAAAGAAACACUGCAUGUGACAGUUUAUUUGGAUGAUGGAGCUUUGUACCACAUGUUCUGUUUUAUAUAUUCACCCUUGGUCUCAGAA